AUGGCUGACGAUGAGUACUUGAAGGCUUUAGAGGCCCAAAGACGAAACUUCGAGGCCCAGUUCGGCUCCUUGGAAUCCUUGGGAUACGAUGACAAGUCCAAGAACGUGCCUGAAAGCGAAGAAAGUGAAGAAAGUGGGUCCAAUGAUAGCGAUGACAUAGAGCUAGACUCGAGUGAAUCAGAUGCACACUCGGACUCAGAGGACGUUGAGUCCGACUUCGAGGGCUUUGAUGAGGCACCAGAGCCUGUGGUCAAGCCCAAGGUCGUGAGACUCAACCUGGGAUCGGGAAGUCCCCCUCCUAUCACCACCAAGAAGGAACGCAAAUUAGCAAGACUUGGAAGAGCACCCACCUUGGCAGAAAUCGAAGAAAAGGAGCGUGUGUUAUCAAAGAUAACAAAGAAGCAACAGGCCCAGGCUGCUAAGGAAGAUGAUGACAACUUGGAAAAUGAUGUCAAGUUACAAAGAUUGCUCAAAGAAUCUCACAUAUUGGCCAGCCAACUCGAAUACUCCGGAGCAGACGUCACCUUGCAGACUAUAGACUACGAGGACCCCACUGGUAAGGCGAGAAGAAGAGCGUUGGACUCUCGUAUCCGGUCGAUUGCUGCCCUCAACUCCUCCACUGGUGGAUUACCCAAGAAGUUGGAAUCGAUGCCUAUGCAUGCUAGAAAGGGCAUGAUUAAGUCCAGGCAACAAAAAAUCGCUCAGUUCGAGGAAGAGGCUAAGAAUGCAGGCAUAGUGUUAUCCAAGGUCAAGAAGGGUGAAUUAAGAGACUUGAACAUCGGAAAGGGUUCUACCUUGGCCAGUGACAGAAUUGGUACAGGAAAGAAGGUAGAAAAGAGAAUCAGAGACAGGGGUUUGAAAAUCAACGGUGUUGGUAGAGCAACCAGAAACGGUAUCGUCAUUGCCCAGGCUGAUAUUGAUAGAAUCAAUGGCAGCCUGAGAGGUGGAAGAGGUGGAAGAGGUGGAAGAGGUGGAAGAGGGGGUAGAGAAGGUGGAAGAGGAAGAGGAAGAAAGUAG